AGUACCUACGUACUACGUUACGACCGUUUCACGAAAGGUACUUAGAACUGUCGUAAAUAAUCGCACCUUACGUACUACUUAAUUUUACCGGAAGUAAAAAAAUAAUGGCAGACGAAACACUUUCUAAAAUUAAGAAAGAAAGGAAGAAGAAUUUUACCGCGAAGGAGGUAGAGGCUCUGGUAGAGGAGAAACAAAAGGAUAUACUGUUUGCUCCACAUAAGGACGUCAACACCAAUCAGAAGAAGAACCAGUGUUGGAAAAACAUUUGUUCCUUAAUAAACAGCAUCGGUAUCCAGGAGAGAACGUCCGCUGAAAUCAUCAAGAAAUGGAGAGAUAUUUCAUCUCAAACUAAAAAGAAAGAGGCCCAUUACAGAAGGGAACUUGUAAGAACUGGCGGUGGACCUGCUCCUGUCAACUCCUCCGACAUUGGUCAAAAGGUUGUUGCAAUAAUAGGCAAGACAUCAAUAGAAGGUGUAGAAGGCGGGUUUGAUACAGAUGAUGUUAAUGAGGUCGAUCUCUUUAAGGUAGAAGAUGUGUGGCUCUCGCCAGCUACAUCUACAUCUGAGCGAGCUGCCGUCCCAACACCACGGCAAUCCCCAGGUCCAUCCUCCAGUGAACAAGCCGCUACCGCUACCCCAACACUUCCGGAGGCUCCAGAGAAGCAACUUCAACCAACCAAAACGAAAAAAGCAGCUUUAAAACGGAAAAGAACUGUGGAAGACGUUUACGAUCUUCAGUGCCAAGUUCUUCAACAGGAGCUGGAGAAGAACAAGCUAGAGAUGGAGAGAGCUAGACUUCAAAUUAACAUUUUAAAGUCAGUGCAGGAGAAAGUUGCAGCAGGGGGGCAAAAUGACACUUUGAAAGACUUGUUCUCCACCUUGAGUGGCUGAGUGAGAGAGCGAGAGACUAAGAGAGAGUGUGUGUAUGUGUGUUUUAAUAUUUUUGAAUUACGUAAAAUGAAAAUACAGUAUUACACACCAGAGAGAGAGAGAGAGAGAGAGAGAGAGAGAGUUUAUUGUUUUGUUAUAUUAAAUUAUUAGUAUUUAUCAAUUAAUGUUA